AUGGGUUUGACAAAAACAUCGCUGCUUUUGUAUUUUCUUUUCUUAUUACAUGUUCAACAAAACCUUCUUCCCGUAGAUUCACGAUCGUUACGUUUAGCCUCCAUUGAUACGAGUCAUGUUUCCUCUAUAUCCAAGCCAGAAGGUAUUGCCUACGGUGGAAAGACACCGGAAUUAGUAGUCUUUAUCAGAAAAGGCGGUGGUGGUAAGGGAGGAGGUGGACGUGGUGGCGGUAUGGCCCGCACGGGACGCGGUCGUCUAAGAAAGUCUCGCGGCGGGCUAGGCGGGUAUCCGUUUUACGUGGCUGGGUCACACCACCACGUUAAUGGUUCAAACGGUAGUAUGAAUAUUCUUGGAUGGACAGGUUUCGGUUCGUUGGGCUUAUCAGUCUUGGCCGGAUUAGUUUUGUUUUCUUAA